UAGUCGCAGUGGUAUACGAGUGUUAAGAGUAGUUGUACGCGUUUCCCAAAGUAAAGCUUUUAGUCGCGCGACACUGCUUCAGUCAGUCGUUGACGAAGCCAACGUAAUCAUAUUGCACAAUAAAAUAUAAAGUAAUAUAACUAAAAACAAAAAAUUUUAUUGUCACUAUAAAAACAAAAUACACUCGCGAUUUAAUUGUUGGAAAAAUUAAACAAGCGGCAACAAAACGAGUCUUUGAACACAUAGGACGACACUGUUUUUUCAAUAAAACAGAGAAGAAAAAUUUUUUCAUCUUUUUUGUGAAAAGGACGCCGCACUGUGUACUUCAUUCCCGGAAAAAAUAAAUAGUUAUUACUCGAGAUAAAAAAAAAGGUGGUGAAUUAAUUUAUUUUUAUACAUAAAAAAGUGCAUCGCUUUUUCUACGUGAUUUCUCGAAAAAUUUCCUGAGGAAAUCAUUUUUGAACAGAAAAAUCUCUAUCUCUCUCUCUAUCUCAGAUUGUGUAGAAAACGUCUCUUGAAGUUUUUUUCGGUGGAAAAGUGUUUUUAAUUUCUCUCGAGAAAAAUUAUUUUUUUUGGUUUAAUUCUCGAUAAAGAGUAAAGUAAAGAAAAAUGCCGACAAGUUUAUUCAGCGAAAUGGACCGCGGUUCAAAUGGUACGGGUGCCGGCUCAUUGGAAGAGCAAAGAGCACUGCAACUUGCCUUUGAACUUUCAAUGCUUGGACUUGAAGGUACUGGAUGUCCAGGAUCGGGAAGCGGAACCGGAAGUGGCUCGCCAAAUGAUCCAGAUGCCAUGCAAACAACUCCAACUAAUGUCUUUGAGGAGGCACGUUCGAAAAAAAGCCAGAACAUGACUGAAUGCGUGCCGGUGCCAAGCAGCGAGCACGUGGCCGAAAUUGUCGGCAGACAAGGUUGCAAGAUUAAAGCACUGCGUGCAAAGACAAACACCUAUAUAAAAACGCCAGUACGUGGUGAGGAGCCAGUAUUCGUUGUGACAGGACGCAAGGAGGAUGUUGCAAAGGCAAAACGUGAAAUUCUCUCAGCAGCCGAGCAUUUCUCGCAGAUUCGUGCAUCACGUAAAAGUUCAUUGGGAGCCUUACUUGGCGCACCACCAGGACCACCAGCAUCAGUUCCAGGACACGUGACAAUUCAGGUGCGAGUACCAUACAGAGUUGUUGGCCUUGUCGUUGGUCCAAAGGGCGCGACAAUCAAGAGGAUUCAACAUCAAACGCACACCUACAUUGUGACACCAAGUCGCGAUAAGGAGCCAGUUUUUGAAGUCACCGGUCUCCCAGAGAGUGUUGAGGCGGCAAAACGUGAAAUCGAGGCUCACAUUGCCCUACGCACUGGCACUGGUCCAGGCAUUGAGGACGCUGAUCUUUUGGGUGCUCUGUGUCGUGGCGGUCUUGGUUCCAUUCUUGGAUGUCUCGAUCCAUCGGGAUCGAAUGGAUCGAAUGGCUCGAGUGGUGCUUUCUCCAGCAGUGGAAGUUGCAGCAGUUCAUCGAGCAGCUCAGGCGCUCCGGGUUUGAAUGAUCUCGUCGCUAUUUGGGGCGCUGGUUUGGAGAGAGAUGAGGGUUUGGGUGAAUCGCCAUCAUUCGAAUCGCAAGCCGCAUCAUCGUCAUCGAUCUGGUCAUUCCCUGGCGUUGCACUGCCAUCGAGACCAUCGCCACCUGCUUCGGCCUCGCCAGCAUCGCCAACCGAUUCAUUAUUGGGCGGUGGCAGCGCCAAUGGAAGACGCGAAUGUGUCGUUUGUGGCGACAAGGAAAUCACCGCCGCACUCGUGCCCUGCGGUCACAAUCUCUUCUGUCUCGAUUGCGGCAAUCGCGUCUGCGAAAGUUCUGAUCCAAGUUGUCCAGUGUGCUCGAGGCCCGUUCUCCAGGCACUUCGCAUACUCUCUUAAAAGAACGUCACCUCCGGCAACGGAGCAGCCGAAAGCGGAAAAAGAAGAAGACGAAGGAAAAACUGCUGAACGAACGAGCGGCCAAGAAAAUUUUUUUUUUUUUUUGUCUCCCAUUCAUCCUUGACGAUCGUAUCCUCGUUUAAACAUUUAACAUUUAACAAUUAAGAAUUUUCCAUCGCGCGACCGGAAAACUUAUUGUCAAUGAAUAUCUGAUUGUCAAUGAACAGAACAAAAAAAAAAAAAAAAAUCCCGAAUUUGAAUAAUGAUGAACGCGCACAAUUUUCAAAUUCCACAACUGCUGUCUGCUGCCAAUGCAUUUUCGGGAAAUUCGAUUCAUCACAUCGCUCACGUUCCCCAUAAAAAAAAAAUAACCGAAUACAACGAAUCGAUAUUUAUUUAUGAUUAAAAACCCAAAAGCGAUUUUACUGGCCAUUCAAAAUGCAAAGCGAACUAAUUCGCGUUGCACUUUGAAUCUAAAAUUUACUUUUCCAACCAUCAGGGAGCGAAAUGAUUCGUCAGGGCUCAUUUCCUACCGUCAAAAAAAAAAAAAAACAACCCCCUCGCAUAGAGUAUUAUCUUACCUUUAUAUAAGCGACACAGCAAUUGAAAUAAUAAUUAUAAUAAUAAAAAUAAUAAUAAUAUAUAUUCUAUAAAUAUAAAUAUAAACAUAAAUAUAUUAUAUAUAUAUAUAAAUAUAAAUAUAUGAAUAUUUUAUCGAGGAGAAUUUAGAUUUUGUAUUUUUCGCGCGUAAAGAAAAAAAAAGACGAGGGUCAAAAGAGUGACGGGAGGAAAUUUUUCUUUCCUCUUAAUUUCUUAGUUUUUGCUUUUUUCGAAAUAUAAAUUUUUUUCUUUAUGACGAAUCAUGGAGCAUAAAACCAAGCGGCCAAUCGCAAAAUCUGUAUUCUUGAGAAAUGAAAAAUGAAAAAAAGGAAAAAAAAAAAAUUAGUGAUUAAAAAUAAUUCUUUAAAAAAAUGAUAUACACUUUCGUGUAGGGAUCGUCGACGCAUGUAGCUUUUUAUUUCAGAAGAGAAGAAGAGAAAACGUAUAUUAUAUAUAUAUGCUAUAUUAUAUUAUAUAUAUUAUAUAAAUAUCACAUAUUAAUAUUUGCAAAAUGGCCCCGCGAGAUAAAGAAAAAAAGAAACGGAAUUUACGACUUUUCUUUCUGGGAUAUCCCGCUCGAACCCCCAUAAAUAUCAAAAGUCGUGAAUUUUGUUCAAGGCGUUAUAAUUUUUUCAAAAAAAAAAAAAAAAAAAAUAGUGAUAAAAGGCUGACAAAAGUUGACGAAAUUUUUUUUUUUAAAUUUGGAUGUUUCGUUUCUUUUUUUUCAUUUUGUGUUUAAAAAAAAAAAAUUCUUGGUCUCGUUAAAUCGUUGCCAUUACGAAAAUAUGCUCAAAUCAUCAUUGUAGCACCGACAUAUUUAUAUAUAUAUAUUUAAAAUUCGUGUUGGUGAGAACUGAGAAGGAACCACGCGGACAAUUUCCGCUUUUUUUUCGAACAACCCCUUAAGGUUAUUUUUUUUUUUUUUAAUUUUUUCAAAUGUGGCGACCUUUUAAAGGUCUUCCUUCCUUCUUUCGCGUUCUCCAAAAUUAUAUCGCACUUAUAAAUAUAUCUUAAUUAAUUAUAAUAUUAAUUUUCAAAAAAAAAAAAAAAAAUUAAUAUUGUAAAAUAAUUAAUCCUAUUUAUAUAUUAGAAAAAAAAAUGACAAAAUUACAUUUUAUGAAAGAAUUUCAAAUCUUUACGUUUUUUUGUUUUUAGUAAUAUAAAUUGAGAAGAAAAAAAAAAUUCGUCUAUUUUUUUUAAUUUUUAUUUCUGGGCGAUAUUUCGCGCCCUUCCCCUGUCAUUGUGUAAUAAGAUGCACCCCGCGCACUUAUGACAUUAUACAUAUAAAUAUAUAUAUAUAUAUAAAAAAUAAUAUUAUAAAAAAAACGAUACUCGAGAAGAGAGGUUUAUUAUAUUUAAGUUCGAGGCAAAGUAAAUUCUAUAUUUUUUCUAUGUUAAGUAUAAACAAAAAAAAAAAAAAAAAAAAAAAAUUGAAAAAAUGGUGAUGACAUACAUAUAUAUUAUAUAUUUAUAGGUAUUCUCUUUAGCAUUCACGUUCUGACUUUUAAAAAAAAAGCACCGCGCAAUAUGGCGGAAUAUAAUUAAAAAAAAAGUAAACAUAUAUAUAUAUGUAGAUCAAGCAAAAUAAUGUCAUUCACAAAACACUUCAACAUAUAUAAGUCUGAUCGAAAAUCACUAUAUAAAAUUUGGAGAUAGAAUUUUUUUUCACGUGAGAAAAUGAAAAUUUAUAAAAAUAGGGAAAUUUUUUUCGGGGGCUAAAUAGAAAAGGGAUGGGGAGGGAGGGUUUAAUAAAAAAAAAAAAAUAGUGAAAAACAAGUUUUUAGUAAGACAAGAUUUAGACACGAUCGAUGAAGAUUUUUAAAUACGUAGGAUAUAUAAGAAUUAUAAUAUAAUAUAUAAAUAUAUUAAAAAAUAAAUAAAUAAAUAAACUAUUAUAGCGAAACAAAAAAAAAAAAAGAAAAGAAAGAAAAAAAAACCAGGAGGGAAAUGAGAAAAUGCUAGUAAUCUAUAUAUAAAUAUAUAUUAUUUUAUGGCGUUUUGCGCUCGUGAAUUUUUUUCUCAAACGCGUAUAAAUAAGACAAAAAGGGCGUUUUUAAAAAAAAGUUUUUUAGAAUAAAAAAAAGGGAUUUUUUCGCAAAAAAAAACAAUUUUUUUUGUGAAACAAUUUUUUCGUUGUGUAUGUAUAAAUUUUUGUGUGAUUGUAAUAAUGUGUAUGAGAGUGUUAAAAAGAGACCAGAAAAUUUUUUCAGCUGUUCAAUAAUUAUAAUAUAAACCGUUAAAUCGUUUUGCAAGGGAAAAAGAAAGAAAUUUUAGGGGGGGGUGAGAAUUUAAUUCACCCGUGUUUUUAUUAUACAUUUAUACAAAAAAGAUAUAUAGGAAUGAAAAUAAGUUUAAAAAUUCGAAUAAAAUAUUGUAUAAGUCGAGAAUUUUCUUUUUUUUUUCUUCUAUGAACGAUAUUUUUGUUUAAGAAAAAAAGAAAGAAAAAAAUUAUUCCCUUUCAAAAUGAUUUUUACGAUUUUCUUUUUUUUUGGAAAAAUCGACUGUUCGUCACACGCACGUCUUUAAUGUAUUAUAAUAUCAUCUCUGUGACUUAAUCUCGUUUAUUUGAAUGGAGAUAUUUGUGGUUUUUUUCUCUUUUCGAUUCUUUACUGUAUUUUUUUAUUACGUUUUUAUAUGAAAUUCUAAUAAAAAUUUAAUUAUAUUUGACUUAA